AGGCUACACCCACCCACACAAAGUUUGUGCACUUUCCUGAAUUCUUUCCUCUCAAUUCCCUCCAUUCAUUAAAGGGAGCCAAAAUGAUCCCAUGGCUGAUUUUGAUUUCCUUGUUAGUGCUACUUCAAGGAGUCCAGUCUCAAGUCCAGUUGGUGGAGUCUGGAGGGGAUGUGAGAAGACCUGGAGAGUCCCUCCGUCUCUCCUGCCAAGCCUCUGGAUUCACCUUCAGCAGCUCUUACAUGCGUUGGGUGAGACAGGCUCCUGGGAAAGGACUGGAAUGGGUGGCCAGCAUACAUCUGUUGAUGCUACACCCACCCUCACAAAAAAAUUUAAUUGAAUCACUUUUGUUUUUAGGAGUCCAGUCUCAAGUCCAGUUGGUGGAGUCUGGAGGGGAUGUGAGAAGACCUGGAGAAUCCCUCCAUCUCUCCUGCCAAGCCUCUGGAUUCACCUUCAGCAGCCAUGCCAUGAGCUGGGUGAGACAGUAUCCAGGAAAAGGCCUGGAAUGGGUGGCAUUCAUACAUACAGCCUCAUCUCCAAUUUACUACUCAGACAAAGUCAGGGGACGCUUCACCAUCUCCAGGGAUGAUUCCCGCAGUCAGAUCUAUCUGCAAAUGAACAAUAUGAAACCAGAGGACACAGCUGUCUAUUAUUGUGCGAGAGGCACAGUGAGAGGAAGUGAAUCUGAUGCCAAGCAAAAACCUUCUCCUCCUCUGAACAACUUUAGAAAUUGGUUCAGAAAGUCAAAUGUGGACUUUCUAAAGAGAGAAGCAGAAGGUAAAUCUCCGUAUACAAUUUGGAACCUUAGGUCUGAUCUUCUAAGAAGCUGUGUAGAAUGUGAAUGA